AUGGACGGCGGAGGUGGUUUCGUGCGGGCGGGUUGCUGGGACUCACACAGGGGGUGUCUCUGCACGACCCCCUGCGGCUCCACCACGCCCUCCACACGCAGGGAGCCACGAAUGGUUCCCUUGCCGCCUCCAGCCCCACGCCCGUGGCGAGCGCCCUCGCCCGCGUUGCUUGCCCUCGCUGACGCCUUUCUCUCUCCCGCAGGCGACGGAGAGCGUGAAGGAGGGCGCCACCACGUCCCUCCUGCGGCCGCUCACCGACUACCCCCACCUGCCCCCCUCCCCUUCACCGCCCCGCCUUCCUCCACCCGCACCUGGACCCCGCCUCCCUUCUCGCCCUCCGCCUUCCACCCGCUCCACUCGCACGCCCACGAGGCCCACGCCCGCGCCCAUGAGGUGGGCGGGCCCAAGCUCCCUCCGCCGCCCACGUCGAGCCUGUCGGGCUCGGCCUUCUCGCCGCUUCCGGCCAAGACGGGCAAGAUGGAGGACGGCUGCUCACCUCCAUCCCCAGCUCCUCGUCAGGCCUCUUUCGCCCGCCCUCCUGGCCUCGCUCGACCCAGGACGGCCUUCCUCACGGGCGGGGGGGCGGCGGCGGCGGCGGUGGCGGCGGCGGCGGUGGGGGCAUCGGCGUGCUGGAAGAGCGGCGGGAUUCGCCGUCCCCGCGGGGCUCGGGCUCCAGGGAGUCGCCCGGCCACGCGAGGGACACCGACACGCCCAACUCGAACAGCGACGAGCCCAAAGUACGAAGGAAUACCUCGCGCCUCCUCCCCAGUGGUAGCCAUAGUAUCCGUAUUCCAGGCACCUGUGUCGCCGAUCCCGGUACCCUCGGCCCCGGUAUUCGAGUAUUUGAGAGAUGGACGGCGAACUGUGUGUCUGUAA